CGUACAUUAGAAUUAACUUCAGCCGGGAAACGGUUAUUUUACCGCCAAAUAUCUUUUAUAAAGCGAAAAUUAAACAACACGUUAGUUUUAAUACAAAACCAAUGGAGUACAAAUAUCUGAAUGAGAUAUGUUCAGAGCGCGCGACACAAAUAAAUUUCACAGCGAGAAGCUGAAAAACGUAUCAGUCGAAUCUAUGAUGGCGCCGUGAGCGUCUCGCGUCGGCCAUGGUACGCCUCAGAUGGACGUUUACUCUAAUUAUAAUACCUGUUAUACUGUUCGCGACAGUGAUAACCGCAUUCCGCAUCCGUGAUCUCCAAAAAAGUUCCCAUGAAAGUGUUUCGGAGUUCAAAAAGAAACCAAAAUGUGAAGAAUGUGAAGUGAAUAAACUUGACCUUGAUCACAAAUUACAUAUUUACAAAGCUGAAAGUGUGAAACGUCCUAAUGACGAUCUUAAUAAACCUAUUCAAGGAAAGAAAAAACAUAUUGAGGAAAAGACAAGUGAUAAAAUUAAACCAGUGCUUGAAGAAAUAGAGGAUGAAAGUGAAGAAGAUGAAGACGAUGAAAAUUUAAUUUAUCUACGAAAUUUGGCUUCUAAAUGGGAAGAGAAACAGAAAGCUUCCAACCUAAAAAGUGAAAAAGAAAGUACAAAAAUAAUUAACAAGAGGAAAGAUACUGCUGUUAAAGAUAAUUUUAUUAAAAAUACUAUUAAGGUAGAUAGAAAAACAGAUAGCGAGAACGAAGAUGACGACGAUGACGAUGACGAUGACGAUUCUAUUCAAAAGACGACUGGAGUAAUAAAAAAGAAAAGUACCAGCGUCCGAAUAGAUUUUAUUAAUGACGACGAAGAAGGCGAUGAUGGUGAUGACGAAGACAACGAUAGUAACGACAGUGGCUUUAUCAAUACUAAAGUGGAGCUUAAAGAUAAACUUAGUAAAGUUGGUUUAAGCUCUCGAGAAGUUGAAACGCCUUUAAAGCAAGUGAAAAUAAGCAAGUCAGGGGUGAAAGACAAAGCACUGCCAAAAGAAAUAAAGACUGCACAUUCAUUGACUUCUGAAAUUAAAAAAGAAGACCGCAGUAAUAUUGCUGAAAAGAAAGCAAAGGAAAAAGUUGUUCUUAAAGAAAAAAAUAAAGAAACUGUAGUAGUAGAAAAGGUUCUUAAAGAUGUUAAAAUCAAGAAAUCAAGCACCGAAGAAGUGGUUGACAAAGAAGAAGAUCGUAAAGUACAGAAACAAGAACCUUUCCAAACCGAUGAAAUCAAGACACAUAAGGUAAUUAAAGAAGUAACGAAAGACACGAAACCAACAAUUGACGUCAAAAAUAAAAAAAAUAAAGAUCAAAUAAAACCUGAAGCCGUAUCAAAAGAGAUGCCGUUCAACGAUUGCAAAAUUGAGAGUCAAGAAGAUAGCCGACUAAAGCAUAUUACAGAAUCUCUGCACAGACGAAAUUUACUUAAAAGUGAAUUUGCAGAUUUUUACGCUUUUUUGCCGACUUUUGCGCCAAACUUCACACGCGUACAAAAUCCUGAGUGCAGGCGUCAUGGACAAAUACUUCUAAGACAAUUACGUGGAGCAAAGUUGUGGGCAUUGAGCAUGCUUGACGCAACUGCAAAGGUUCCCUCGGGAAUACUCCACGGCAAUGGUAUUCAACUGGGUAGCUUCGACCAGUGUUUGGGGAGCCGUGCACGGGUUCAACUCGAUACUGGGAGCAUAGUAAAGGUUCAUGGAAAGUAUUGUUUGGCUCGUGUUGAUCUGAAAUCUGAACACCAAGAAAUGGAAAUUCCAGUUCAUUUGGCGCAAUCUAAAAACUUGAUCAAGAGUCGGAUUGAUGAUCCAGGUCACUUCGUACCGCGUUUCUCAACGUUGAGUUGGGGCGUGUGCGUUCCCGCGCCCUGUAGCCCAGAAGACGUGGAGAAUAUAGUGAGGGAUGCGAUCAAACACUACCAAUAUACUAGUGGAGUGUCUAUCAGAGUUAGAGUCGAUGAGCAGGAUUGUCACGUGCAGAAGAAACAAGCGUGGUGGGAAGACUGGCUUGGGAUACCAACUCUUGUCACUUUGUUUUUGUACGGCGUGGUCUUGUUACUGGUUUUAGUUGCUACGGCACAAGAUUUUGCUGCGAGAAGAAAGGAUGAGGAAACCAAUGGUAAAGCAGAAGAUGAAGGCGACAAAAAAGGGGCGAAAGAUACACAAGUUAAGAAGACUGAAGGCGAGAACGCAAUAAGCGUGUUUUCAUUGUACCGCACUGUUCGCAAGCUGAUGGCACCGGCGACGACAGAUGAGAUCUCCUGCAUCCAUGGAGUGCGAGCCAUCGCCACCGUCGCUCUCCUCAUCGCUCAUAAGUUUCUACCUGUUGCUUCUACGCCUUACACCAACAGGCUUAUGAUAACUGAGGUGGUAAGCUCUCCCCUGUGGUCGUGGUGCCGUGCUGGUUGGAUGUACACUGAUUGCUUCUUGUUGUUGAGCGGGACGCUCACAGCGCAUCGUAUAGCAAAUGACAACGAAUCUGGAGCAUUUAAGAGAAUUUUGUUCAGAUAUUUAAGACUGACUCCUGCUUUGUUAGCUGUGAUAUUAUUCUACGCGUAUAUUUGGGAUAACAUCUCCGUAGGUCCCAUGUGGGGCUCACUCGUCACUAAGAACGCGGAAGUCUGUCAACAAGGCUGGUGGUGGAACGUCUUCUAUCUGCAGAAUUACUUCGGGUUCGAGGAUAUGUGCGCCCCACAAACCCACCAGCUGGCACUAGACAUGCAGCUGUCGGUCCUGGGCGGUGUGGUGGUGUGGGCGAUGCAAUCGGAGCUGCCUAUGCUACGCGCACUGCUACCCACGCUUCACGUAUGGACUGCUUUCUCCAGAUACCGGACAACGAAGGAACAUCGCCUCACGCUACUGGCUUAUCACGGAGUUAGCGUAAGCCAACUGUACCGGACGGCACGGCUGAGUUACACUUCUGUGAUCCACCGCGCCUCUCCCUACUUGCUCGGGCUAAGCCUCGGGCUCGCUCUCAAGAACAAUACACGUCAUAGCAAAAUAUUACUAGCAUUUGGAUGGUUAAUCAGCGGUGCGCUAUGGUGCUCUGUAUGGUGGGCGGGCUUCGAUUCUGGAUCAACUCAGUACCGAUACAGCUCAACAUUCGCUGCACAGUACGCCGCGUUGGCACCCAUCGCCUCCGCUUUGGCAAUCGCCUGGCUCAUAUACGCAGUCCACGGCGGUCAUUGUGAUAUCCUGCACAACUUACUCUGCAGUCGUCCAUUAACCCUUAUCAGUCGUCUUUCGUACGCCCUCUAUCUCUGUCAGUUUGUUGUGUUUCUGACUAAUGCAGCUACAGUGAGGACCGCUACCGAAUUUACCUUAAUGUCUCUGAUUGAUGUCCAAGAAAUAUCUUUAAUAUUUUUAUCAUCAAUUUUGUUGACGUUAACAUUUGUAAUUCCAAUGCAAUCGUUACCAAAGAUUCUUUUCUUAGUGUCGAAAACAAGCGACAGUAAAAAGGAAAAGUUAGUUUCCGCUGAGUCAGAAAAGUGUCAAUCAGAAACAGGAAGCCAAAGAAAGAAUGAAAAGGUGAUAGAAAUGCCUUUGAUUAGAAAUAGACAAACGCUUAUUGCUCACCGAGAAGUGUUAGAAGAAAUCCCAGAAGUUGAAAUGGAACAUGAACAUCAGAGAACGAAUGAUAGUUUAGAAGAAAUUCUAGAAGAGGAAGAAAAUGAGGAAGGUAUGGAUGAGGAAAAUGAACGUAUAAAUGAAGAAGAACUAGAAGUAAUAGAAGAAGAACAAGGUGAAGAUGAGGAUUUCUGGACAAAUAGAGAUGAGGGCAAUCAAAGGAGAUCAUUUUCUAGAAAUAGCGAUGAUCUUGAUGACUGGGAAGUGACAGGCAAUGGCAAUGGACAUAGUGGAGCUCAACAUUAUCGAUACUCGAGAUAACGAUUAUUGUGUAAUUAAAUUUUAUGCGAAU